AUGUCUGCAGAACCCCUCACCGCCAUCGUCCUUGAUCUUGGGGACGUCAUGUUCUCAUGGUCCCCCGAGACGAAGACAAAGAUAUCUGGCAAGACAUUGCACCAGAUCCUCUCCGACCUCACAUGGCUCGACUACGAGUGCGGCCGUAUCAGUGCCGAUGAGUGCCACACACGCAUCGGCCAAGCUUUCUCCCUCGACCCCGCCGACAUUGCGGAGGCGUUUAGGCAGGCCCGUGACUCGCUGACACCCAACCAUGAGCUGCUCUCUCUAGUCAGCGACCUCAAGGCGCAAUCCGGUGGCACACUCCGCGUGUUCGCGAUGUCGAACAUCUCCGCACCCGACUACGAGUUCCUUCGCGUCACGAAGCACAUCAACUGGGACAUCUUCGACAAGGUGUUCACCUCGGCAGCUGCAGGGGAGCGGAAGCCCAACCUCGCCUUCUACACCCAUGUCAUCUCGGAGUCGGGAUUGGACCCUUCUCGCGCCGUCUUCAUCGACGACAAGGUCGAAAACGUGCUCUCGGCACGAUCGCUUGGCUUCCACGGCAUUGUCUUCGAGGACUCAAUAGCCGUCAUGCGGCAAUUGCGGAAUCUCUGCGGAUCGCCCUCGAAGCGAGCUUGGGAGUUUCUCAGAGCUAACGCUGGACGUCUCCAUUCGGUAACGAACAGCGGAGUAGAGCUCAAGGAGCAUUUCGCUCAAUUGCUCAUCCUUGAGGCGACUCAUGACGCCUCUCUCAUUUCCAUCCCAGAGCCGCCAUCACACACCUGGAACUUCUUCCGUGGCCGCAAGGGUGUCCUCACGAAGACCGACUUCCCGGAUGACCUGGAUACGACCUCGCUUGGGCUGACCAUAAUGGGGGCAUCAGAAGACGUCAAACACUCCAUUCUUGACCAAAUGCUGCAGUAUAGGAAUCCUGAUGGCAUCGUACAGACAUACUUCGACCACACGCGCCCACGACUCGACGCAUGCGUGUGCGUCAACGUACUCAACCUCUUCUACACCAACGGCCGCGGGGCGGAGUUGCAGCGCACGCUUGAUUGGGUGUACCACGUCCUCGUGCAUCGCGCGUACCUCGACGGCACGCGUUACUACACGACGGCCGAGUGUUUCCUCUUCUUCAUCGGGCGCCUGCUCUCUGCCAGCACCGAUGCCGACCUUCAUGCAAAGCUCGAGCCAGUCUUCCGGGAGCGCGUGCGCGAGCGCAUCGGCGCGGACGGCGACGCGCUGGCGCUGGCGAUGCGCAUCAUCGCAGGCGCAACGGUGGGCAUCGAGAACGCCGUGGACACUCGGAAGCUGCUCUCGAUGCAACUUGCUGACGGUGGCUGGGAGGAGGGCUGGGUGUACAAGCUCGUCGCGGCGAAGACGCUCAUCGGCUGCCGAGGGCUGACGACGGCACUCGCUCUGCAAGCCAUCACUUUGCCUGCACCUUCCUCGCAAGCACCGGUUCCAUUAGAGGCCCGAAUUACGUCUUGGUGCGGUAAAAUCACCAUUUCUUGGUGA